CGGCGCGUGCAAACCGGUGGCAGUUGGCGGGGCUCGGCUGCCGCCGCCGCUGCUGCCCGCCCGUUCGCUCCCGCCGCCUCAGCGCUGCCCGUGUGCCAGGGGUCCGGCGGCGCCAGGUUGUCUUCUGAAUUUUGGGUCUGAAGGUACCUCUGAAGGUACCUUCUUGCUUUCUCAACAAAUCAUGGACAUCGUUGGCUUUCUGAAGUCUCAAUUCAUUUGCCAUCUUCUGAUCUGCUACAUAUUUAUAGCAUCAGGACUGAUCAUUAACUUCAUUCAACUCUUUACACUUAUACUUUGGCCAAUCAACAAGCAACUGUUCAGGAGGAUCAACUGCAGGCUGGCUUACUGCAUUUCAAGCCAGAUGGUGAUGUUGCUGGAAUGGUGGUCAGGUACCGAUUGCACCCUCUACACUGACCCAGAGAGUUACCACAAGUAUGGGAAGGAGAAUGCUAUUGUAAUCCUUAAUCACAACUUUGAAAUCGACUUUCUCUGUGGUUGGAACUUUUGUGAAAGAUUUGGGGUCUUGGGGAGUUCCAAAGUGCUCGCAAAGAAGGAGCUCUCCUACAUGCCCAUCAUUGGCUGGAUGUGGUAUUUCCUAGAGAUUGUCUUCUGCAAGCGGAAGUGGGAAGAAGAUCGGAAAACAGUCAUGCAGAAGUUGCUGAAUCUCCGGGACUACCCUGAAAACUUUUGGUUCCUGAUUCAUUGCGAGGGCACAAGGUUCACAGAACAGAAGCACCAGAUUAGCAUGCAGGUAGCUGAAGAUAAAGGCCUGCCCAAGCUCAAGUAUCACCUACUGCCACGAACAAAAGGAUUUGCUGUCACCGUGCAGUGUUUGAGAAAUGUAGUUUCUGCAGUCUAUGAUUCUACCCUCAAUUUCAGAAAUAAUGAGAAUCCAACACUGCUGGGAGUUCUAAAUGGAAAGAAAUAUCACGCAGAUUUGUAUGUAAGGCGGAUUCCACUAGAGGAAGUCCCAGAAGAUGAGCAGGAAUGUUCUACCUGGCUUCACAAACUGUAUCAAGAAAAGGAUGCAUUCCAGGAAAAGUACUACCAAACAGGAACCUACCCAGCAGUCCCUAUAGUACCACCCCGACGACCAUGGACACUUUUGAACUGGCUUUUCUGGGCCUUAUUGCUGCUAUAUCCUUUAUUCAAGCUGCUCAUCAAUAUGAUCAACAGUGGAUCAUCCCUGACACUAGCUAGUUUUGCAUUUGUCAUUGUAAUGGCUUCUGUUGGUGUCAGAUGGAUGAUAGGUGUUACAGAAAUUGACAAAGGCUCCACCUACGGCAACAAUGACAACAAGGAGAAGCAAAAGUAGUAUCUUCAGAGAUCUUCAGAGAGUGCUUCAAUCCACAGGGAAGAAAUGCAACUUCUGAAAACUUUUAAAGAGCAUAUCAUGGUCCUUCAAGUGAAAUCAGAGGAAGGGUAGGAUGAGCGAUUGCCACGCAGAUCUGCAUCUCUGCUCCUGUUAUUUUUCUCUGGGAGUUUGGGCUGGAUGACAUGCUUGAAAGAUGCACUCCCUUGUAUACUCUCCACAACAGGUUUGCUUUGGGUUGGUUGGUUUGUUUCCCUAUAAGGUGUCUUAAGGUUUGAAGAAAAAGAAGUAUUCCACUAUGCUUGUAUGAUGAGACUCUACCUGGAAACUAAGGAGAGGCACAGGCUUUACCUUUCUUAACUUGCUCUAAGGAAUGGAUAAAGGCCAGAAGAUAGUUAAAAGAUGAUUAAAAUUGAUAGUUGUGUAGAUCACAUGUUAACAGUUUAAUAAUCAUUAUCUGUCAAUGUUUAAAUGCAGUAAGAUGCCCUGCUUGGUUAUACCAGUAUUGGACCAAAGCAGCUCUACUGAACUGGCACAACUCACAUUAGAGUUUUUCUACAUCUAGAACUUACCCCCUGAGUGUGCACCACAUGGGUCCUUUAAAACCCGAGUCAGACCCUGGCUGGCCCAUUUUGUUGCAUCAGAGCCUUGCAGUGGUGUAACCUGGACCAGAAUUGGGCCUUGUGGCCUGAGUUAGAGCUAAGUUACCCACUGCCACGUCUUUCCCCGGGCAAUACAGCAGAGGGAUAAUUGAAACCUUUAAUUCUUUUUAGAGUGUUAUUUAUAGUUUGGAAAAAACAGGGUAGUAAAAUUCCUUUCAGCUUUAAACACUGACUAAAGUUCUCAGCUUUCUUAACAAUGGUGGAAAGAAAACGACUGGGUAAGCUAUAAUGAAGUAUUUAAUGCAAAGCAUGCAUUAAAAAUUAUGCCCCACCCCCACACUAUUGUGAGCCAUUGAUCUGCUGCUCUGUAUUUUCUGAUAAAUUAGUUUACAUGGUGCCUCAGAACAGUCAGCCUGAAGAAACAGUUAAAUUACCUUUCUUUCACUCUUUUUUUGGGGAGAAGAAGGAAAGUGGGAGAGACCUUGAAUAGUGGUAUGGCUCAAGUGCUUUUUUUAAGGCUGUCUGGAUUUCCUUUGACACCUCCCUGAACUAAAUAAAACUAGAAUCAAGCUUCUUUGGAAAACUUGUUGGUCCAGCAUCCCUGGUACGGAUUGCAGGGCAUCCUCCUCUUGUUUUUUAAAGAGUAUGCAAGUUACAAAAAAAAAGAAAAGAAAAAAAUGGACUUCCAGCAAUUAUGACUGAAAAAUCCUCAAACUUUUGAAGUCUAAAGUUACUGAUACUGAACAGUGGGGAUUAUAAUUGGCAUUUUCAGUACUGGUACAUUUUCCUUUCACAUAGGACUAAGUCAUGGUAGUUCAGGAAUGAAGAGUCUGUGUCUCUAGAGAAGAAAGUGAGCAGUCUUAGUUCUAGCAGCUGGGAAAAAAUCCCCCAAACAUUUCCCUUUUCCUGUAAUAAAACUGAGGCCAGAAGAUACAGGGGUUAAUUCAACAGAAUUAUCAAUUAUUUCAUGAAAUAUGCAUUUGCUGUUCAGUAGUAGAUUGAAUCAUCCAGAAACUACUCUUUUUAUUAUGAAACACCUGAAAAA